AUGUUGUUCAAGACUUUAGCUCCUUUUAUCGCUAUUUUGGGUGCUGCUCAAGCUGCCCCAACCCCAUUGCUGUUGUCAUGUUCCAUUGGUUCUGAAUCCUUGGUUGCUGCUACUUCUUCUAGUGAAUACUCUGUUGUCGACUGUUCUACUUUCCUCCAGGGCCAGUUUGAUGUUUUCUCCUGUCAUAACACAACUGAAAUCCCAGCUGGUGAAUCUUGUUGUUUCGAAAACUGGGGUGUGUUGAUGCAAACUCAAUUCUGGGACUACAACGCUACUUACUUGGACCUUCUCAACUCUACUAGUCCAGAAGACCUUGCUACUCUCGAGCAACAAGUAUUGUCUUCCUACGGCGAUGACGAUGCAAAGUCCACCUUCACUAUCCAUGGUUUGUGGAACGAUUUGUGUGACGGUUCUUUCAACCAGUACUGUAACCCAUCUUUGGAAAUCAGUCAGGCCAAGGACAACAUCACCCACGUCAUGGUUGACGUUUUCGGUGAAGCCGACUUGUACAAGAAGAUGUCUACUUACUGGUUGAACAAUGUCAAGUCCAACGUCGAAAACGCUGGUAACAUCGACUUGUGGGAACAUGAGUACAACAAGCACGGUACCUGUAUGAACACCUUGUUGCCAAAGUGUUUCACCGGUGCUUACACCAGAUUCGAAAACACCAUUUCAUUCUAUAAGAAGACCGUCGAACUCUGGUCCAACUUGCCCACCUACCAAUUCUUGCAACAGUUUGGUAUCACCCCAUCCUUGACUAAGCAAUACAAGUUGGCUGAUGUCCAGGCUGCAUUGGCUCAAGCUCACGAUGGUAAGGAAGUCUACAUUGGAUGCUUGAAAGGUGCCAUUGAUGAAAUUUGGUACUACCAUAACUUGAAGGGUAACGUUUUGACUGGUGAAUACCAGCCAAUUGACUCAUUGACUCCAUCCACCUGUGGUGAUUACGUCUACUACCUUCCAAAGUAA